GACCUGGGCUAUUACAUUUUUAUGGAUACAACUAUAUUAAGAAUAAGUGAAAUAGGUUAAUCAAAGUACAUAGUUCAAUAAGUAACUGAUCUAACUGCAAUUAACAUUCCAAACAACUUUUCUAUCAAUUACUCAAUCCACCCUUUUCCCAUUAAUAACCUUGCACUUUUUAUAAUAAACCUAACUUAUUAAUUUAUCUAAGCUAUGAAAUUGAAACUGCUGCGCCAUCUUUCAUCCAGAUUAUUUUCCUCCAAGAAAAUUGAAAUACCUUUAGGUCUACCCUGUAAGGUGGAUCUCAUCCGGAGUCAGAAGUACAGUGCAGACGAGUACACAGUGAGGACCGACGAUGGUUACUUGUUGGGUCUCACCCGGAUACGUUCAACCGGAACUAAGCCUCCGGUGUUGAUGGUGCAUGGAGUCAUAGCUGCCUCGGACCAGUGGGUGCUGCGUGGACCGGACCAAGACCUGGCAUUUAUCCUGGCGGACCAAGGCCAUGAGGUUUGGCUGUCUGACAACCGAGGGAACUUCUACUCUCGUAACCAUGAGAAACUUACAGUCUCGGACCCACAGUUUUGGGACUACAGUUUUCACGAGAUGGGAGUUUACGAUUUGCCGGCUCUGAUAGACAAGGUACUCGCAGAGACCAACCAAACGCAGCUGUUCUACAUCGGACAUUCGAUGGGAACUUCUGUCUUCUACGUGAUGUGUUCCGUCAAACCCGAGUACAAUGAGAAGGUGAAGAUGGCCGUUCACUUAGCUCCUAUCGCCUUCAACUUAAAGAAACAGAUGACGUUUUCACUCAGAGUGUUGCUCCAGAAUGUUUACAGGAUUGCGGAUAUACUGAAAAAGCAGAAUUUAUACGAAUUCCUGCCUCGAAACAGGCAAAACUACUUGUUAGUGGACUUUGUGUGUUCUAAUAACUACAAACAUCUCUGUCAAGUUCUGGUCAGUCAGCUGUAUGGCCCAAGUUGCGAUCCUAUCAAAACGGCAAAGAUGAGAACUUACUUGAAGAGACUAAUAUCUGGAACUUCAGUCAAGACAAUGCUGCAUCUGUCCCACAUAUAUAACAACAGAACAUUCGCCAUGUUUGACUACGGUUCGACUUCCUUAAACAACCAGUUUUACUCGCAGGACCACCCCCCUCCUUACCCUUUGGAGCGAGUUACAGCUCCAGUCGCUCUGUUUUAUGGAGACAGCGAUGCUUUUGUGGAUGAAUUUUCCAUCAGUCAACUUAAGAAUCGUCUUCCCAAUGUCGUCACGUCAGUCGCCCUACCCAAGUAUAACCACAUCGACCCCCUGUUUGCGGAAAGUUCUCCGAAACUACUGUACAAGAAAAUAGUCAAGCUAUUUGAUAAGUCGUAGAUAAUUUAUACAGCUUUUAUACGUAUUGAUUGUAACUAAGAAAAAUAGCAGUUGACUGCUAGACUUAGACACAGCGAACUCUUGAUAAUCCGAUACAUACCUAACCAACAGCCAUAAUUCUACAAAUAGUUAAUUUUUAAUGAAGAAAAAAACGAAUAAACUUUUGUAACUGUGCAGACAUUGACCAAUGAUUUAGCCGUGUGUGUUUGAUUAUUGAGAGUGUGGAGUUAACACGUUGAGUGCGGCAUACCUUAAAACAGGCGCUCGCCAAUGGCGGCGAGGCGCGGGCGAAGCCCCGACGCGGCACCAAAACAUCAAACACAAUUGGCAUUCAAAUAUUUCAAUCAGACGAAUAACAAAAGAGCAGCGGUGAUUGUACUGCGUUACCCCGAGAGUGGACGUAGUUCACUGAAACACCCAAAGGUAGCAGCACUGCCUGGGUCAGUAGUCAGUGUCUUUGUAAUGUGGCUUGAAGAGAGAAAAUCCUCGAAACCGGGACAAAAGCAUUUUCAGACGGGAUUUUACGGGAAAUUUUAGUUCCAACCUACACCAAAACAAAGCUCAAAAUCUAAGCUACAGACUAGCAACGAUUAUAACGUUCCCCGGCAAUAGCUGAGCUCAUACUGAACUAAUGUUGUGGGUGUGGCGCGACUACAUCAAUUGAUGUAGGCCGAUAGGAGCGCUAGUGGCGCGACUACAUCAAUUGAUGUAGGCCGAUAGGAGCGCUCAGCACUCAACGUGUUAAAGAGUAUGUUGGAUUAUCGAGUGUGUCGCAUUAUCUAGUGACAGCUGUAAAUAUUUUAGAUUUUAAAAUGGUAUGUGCUUUAAGCACUCUUAUACCCAUUGAUUAAGUAUAAUAAUUACAUAAAAUGUAAUGCAAUAGGACAAGCUGAAUCCCAGUGGCUAAAUUUUGUAUGAUGGGUUUUUAAUGAACAACUAAGACUAAGAUUAACGAUUUUCUAACAGUAAAACAACUAACUGUCCAGUGUAGGGGUUAUUGUAAUAUUUCGAUGAAUUUUAUAACCAAUCAUGUCUUCCAUUUUUCAUAGCUUCUUGGCAUAAAAAGUUGUGACAGUUUAAAGUGGUUUGAAAGCUAAUACAUCUUUCAAACCACUUUAAAACUCUCCAUUAGUUGUAGUUGUAAUUCGUGUGAUAUUUUUUAAAUUUAAAUUAUCUAAAGUGCAAAAUCUAGUUAAUUACCCCUGUUAGUUAGUUGCCCCUGUAGUUGAGUUACUACGCUAAAUAUAUGUCUGUGAUCAAAACUUUACCUUAAGAAUUGUAUAGUAGGUGUAGCUGUAGUGAAAUAAGUAGUUUCUAGAUAUUUAGUGGCAUUUUAGAUUCGGGUUUUGACUCAGUAGUUUCUUAACAAUUAUUAUAAAAAUUUAGGGCAAAAUUUGUAGAAAUACGCUUCCCCUAUUCCCUAACCUAGCCAAACAAUUAUUUUUUAAUUAAUUGAUAAUAGCAAUCCUAUAAGGAUUUGUAAUAGGAUUGCUAAGGUAAGACCUUACAAUCAUUAAUUAUAUAUAAACAAUCUAGAGGCUAAAAUUAUUGAAUUAUUUUUUAGUUGUUGUAAAAAGUUGAUCAAUUUACAAUUUAGGAAAAUUGCUUUGUUUUAGUAUCAUAUUAGAUAAAAAAUACAAAACAACAA